UGCGAAUAGCCGUUUCAAGAAGUAAGAAGUACAAUACAAAAUUCUUCUCGUCCAGUCAAGCUCAAAGAUUUUGAGUUGAAAAAGUAAUUCAAGACGAUUUUCUGUGUAGCGGUCCAUCAGUAUCAUCAAUUUCUCCAUAAUGGAAAGUCUCGAGGAUCUUGUGCACAAAAUGGAGUCGCAGAUGGAGCGAGCUGACAGUAAGCUUGAUAUUUUGACUAUGCGGUUGGACCAGUUUGAAGCAAAAGUUCUUCCGAAAGAAGUAGAUGACAACAUUCUCAAUCAAGGCUGUUUCAAGGACACCAAUUCAGAGGAAAUUAAGGAAUCAGAAGAACCUGGUGAAGAGGAGCUGGAUGACAACAAUGGUUUGGACCCCAAGUGUCUCUCUGACAUACUUGUGGAAGUCCAUCGAGUGAAGAAAGAAUAUGAUCAGGUUCUUCAGGAUGUCCAUCAGGUCCAAGAGCUACAGCAAGAAGUAACUCGCUCCCUCCGCAAGCAGAUGAAACAGGUUCAGAACCAUUUUGAUCGUCUUCGUGACAGAGUGAUUGGUUCAGCUGGCAGCAAUACUUUGCCUGUUCAGAAAUAACAUUCAAUCACAUAUUAUCCAUCUCAUUGACUUAAUAUUUUCUAUGUUUGUACAUUUUUGUUGUUUAUUGAGGGGCUGAUGUCUUAUUACUAGGCUAGUUGUUGCUGUUGUAGUUUAGUUUUGUCAUCUAAAAAAGUUACCUGUUAUUCUUUCAAACAAAAAAUAGUGGUUAACUCUAUCAUAAUUAAUGUAAUAGUAGGUUUAUCUGUUUCUACAGCAUGAUUUUGUGUAAAUAUUAUUGAAAUUGGUAAGAUUCUUCCAUAUCAAAUAAUCUUUGUCUGAAAUGGUGAUUACUACAACUAAGUAUGUAGUGUUACAUGUUUCAUUAGCAUGAUCCCUUAUAAAAAAGAAUUAUCAACUUGAUGGUAUGAUUCAUUCAUAAUUAAUUUUUUUGUUAUGGCUCCUCUAGUAGUCAAAUCUUUAUAGACUCUUGAUGAACUUAGCUCAAUAUACUGUACUCUACAAUAGUGUGUUAGAGCACUUCGGUAUUGUUUUACACUUUUUGAGUAGUGUUUGAAGCAAUAUUUGUUAACUGUGAUACAAAUGAAAAGGUCCAAGUGACAACGCUUGGUUCCUUUAGCAAUAGAAUUGUGUACUAACACUGAUCUAGUAAUUAAGCUAGAUAGGAGUCCAGUCUCUCUGCACCUUUCCAUAUCAUAAAAAUACUUUUUUUUCUGCAUUGUAAAAAGAAUUGUUCUGGGAACAAAUACGUAUUUAUGACCAACAGUGCAUUAGUAAAGCCGCUCAAUGUUUUUAAAAAGUGCACUGUACCUUUUUUUCCCUCCCUUAGUUCAAAUAUUUUCUGCAUUAUUCAGAGAAUAAGGAAAAGCAAAUUAAGUUCAAAAAAUUCAUUUUUUUUGUUUAAUUACUAUCUUUGUACAUAGUUUUCUGCAAAAUUAAUUUUCAAAAUGCUUGAAAAAAUUACGUUGCAACCAAGCUGUACUUUUAAAGAACAAGUACAAAGUGUUCUUUAUCUCCUUUUCUUAUACAUUGUUUCUGACAACUGCAUCUAAUUUCAAUUCCCAUAUGGCAGGCAUAAGCUAAUGGUUUGGGCCACAAGACUGAGUAAAUGUGAUUUAACAUAAUUAUUCUAGAACUGGAAUACUAGAGAAAUUAACCCUGGGUUGUAUCAAAAUUGACCCAUUGUUCUGUACAUUGCACUCUGUUGUUGUAUGCUAGUUGAGCAUUACAAGUAAAAUGCAAAAUGUACAAGAGCUUUAAGAAAAAAAGCAUGUGAUUGAAUAUUAAUAGUUGUUGGCUUACCGUCUGUUAUUUUGAGUCAUUUUCUAAACUUCAUUUCAAUUGCCCUUUUUCAGCACAAAAUAAUAUUUACGUUCAGUUUUACAUAAAACUUAAUGUAUUGUAGAAAAAUGUUCUAAAUCUCGAAGCACUUUUUCAUGUCGAUCUAAGAAGAAUAGCUGAGUGUUAGACGACGAUUCAUGCCUUAUUUGUUGUAAUCUAGCGGAGAAAAUUUGAAAUACACCAAACUUCACUAAUUUGUCAACAACCUA